AGAUCAACUGACAGUCCCUCUUUCAUUAUUUCCUUCUCCUCUGUCAAUACUUUUUGCAUUUUGGUUAUAUUGCUAGGGAGUACUAUCUUCCUCGGAGCGAACUCCGCCGUCACUUCACUCGCACUCGCACAUCCGCUCUCCUCUCUUCUAUACACACAUCCUACGUCAAAAUGGCCACCACCGCCGCAGGCCGUAUGCUAUCACGUCAGUUCUCGCAGAUGCAGGCUGAUAAGGAUAUCCCCGGAAUCAGCUGUGGCCUCGUGGAUAACAAUAUGUUCGAGUGGGAGGUUAUGCUUAUGAUUUCGGAUGAUGUCAAGUUGUAUGGCGGAGGAUUCUUCCGUGCCAGACUCUCCUUCCCCUCUGAAUACCCACACAUGCCACCAAAGAUGAAAUUCGAAACGCCUCUCUUCCACCCAAACAUCUACCCCAACGGCGACGUCUGCAUCUCCAUCCUCCACCCUCCCGAGGAAGACAAAUACGGCUACGAAUCCGCCGCCGAGCGCUGGUCCCCCGUCCAAACCCCCGAGAGUAUCCUGUUAUCUGUGAUUUCGAUGCUUUCGAGCCCGAAUGAUGAGAGCCCGGCUAAUGUUGAGGCUGCCCGGUUAUGGAGGGAGGACCCGAAGGAGUUUAAGAAGAAAGUGCGCAAGUGUGUGAGAGAGAGCUUGGGAGAGGAAUGAGUUGAUAGAUAAGUUGGAUUGGGCUGGGUUGGGUUGGUGGAAUUUCACGCUUUUUUCUUUCCCAUGAGAGACCGAUUUAUUCGGUGCAGUUGGGGGGUAUCUAGUAGGUGCCUCGUUAUGUCGGAAUACUAUUUAACUUUCAUAUAUUUACUUGGAUUAUCAAACCGCUAGAUACAGGCUCCAGGCCGCAUUCUAUGUGUAAAUAUCUAAUUACUAUAAAGGAUGCGUUCUAUAAUUGCUGAACGCGAAACAUCACCCAUGGUAUCUUAAACAUAACUCCG